AUGCAGCGUUGUGUGGUGUGGUGUGGUGUGGUGUGGUGGAGCAUAGUGUGGUGUGGGGCAGUGUGGUGUGGUGCAGUGUGGUGUAGAGUAGUGUGGUGUAAUGUGGUGUGGUGUUGCAUGGUGCAAUAUGCUGCAGAGUGGUGUGGUGUUGUGUGGUGUGGUGUGGUGGAGUGUGGUGUGGUGUAUUAUGUUGUGUGUGUUGUGGUGUGGUGCAGUGUGCUGUGUAUGGUGUACUGUGGUGUGGUGUGGUGUAGUGUGAUGUGGUAUGGUGUGGUGCAGUUUGAUACAGUGUGGUGUGGUGCAGUGUGGUGUGGCGUGGUGUGGUGGAGUGUGGUUUGGUGUGAUGUGGUGUAG